AUGCCACCUCCACGUCUUUUCCCCGGAAAGGGAAGCGACAAGCCCGAGCUGGGAAGGAGUGUGGGGCGUACCUUUGACCCGGGAACAAGAGAAACUCCAUCCAGCACACGAUCUCCUACUUCCAUUUCCCUCGGUAGCGUCCGUCGAAAGCGGAACAACGAUGGUGUAGUCGAUGAGGAUACUCCCAACAAGCGUCCCACGCUCUCAAAUACUACUCGAGCCUCUUCGUCCCUGGUAAGCGACCGUGUUGAUCGCGCUGGAUCGGGCCAACGCGCGACUGUGAUCGACCUCACGGGCGAUGAUCCCCAGUCCAGUUCAUCUGGCCGCGAGCGGUCUGUCAAGGGCACCGCCAGCCUCACUCUUGGCUCUCCUCCAAGCGCAGCUCGAAGUGCUUCGCAUGGCAGCCGUCUUUUGUCUGCUACCAUGCCUACUCGUGGCGUUAAGCAGAAGAGCGAGUUCAUUGACCUGACGCUUGAUGACCUUUCAGAAGAUGACUCGACUGUCCUCUCGAACCCACGACUUGGAAAGACCGCCAAGUCUGAAUCCAUUGAGAACGUCAUUGACUUGACGGAAGCUUCAAUUCCUCAAAAGCUUGCGACGGCAUUCAAGCCUCUUCAACUGACAGAUGGAACAUCGGCGGUGUCCAAGGAUAAGCAGGUGGCUCCAACUAAAGCUGCACCAGCGCAGAAGCCUCGCUCUGCUGAUUCCGGCCAGACAAGCAACCCCUAUGAGCCACAGCCCAAUUCGACAAAAGCCCUUGAUGAGGCGGCUGUCAUUGAGCUUUGGCAUCGAAUCAAGGAGAAGGCCGCUUCUGAUCGUGCCCGAAUAGAGCCUUCAGAACUUCGCAAUUCAUUUGCUCCCAUGCCAGAUUCGCCGCAUAAUCAGCAGCAGACGGAUAUCGAUAACAGCCCCCAGAAAUCCGUUGACUUCAUGAACCGGGCUGGAAAAGCAGCUGGUCCUCGUACCAAUAGACUGCCUGCCCUGGAUACAGAAAGCAGUGUUCAGCCUACCCAGGCGCGUCGUGGAGCUGCCAUCACUUAUCCUGCUUUCAUGAGCCCUGACAGUAACUCCGACGCUGUUCCCUCGGAGCCCAAAAACAACACCAGUAGCACACUUAAUAUUGCGCACGGCUUGCCCCAGCUUCAGAGAGCAGUGGUUCACCUCGCUAACGGAUUGCCGUCCCUCGAUCACAUACAGAGAGUUGAGCGAGAUCAGCAGCGACGUGGAUCUACCAUCGUUCCUCGUGUCAAAGUCCAAGAUUGUGAUUACGGCCCUCGGAAGACUGACGGGGAGCCAAUCCAUGGUGAUAGGCAGAGAGCUGGAGACGGAAGAGUGGUUCCGGGCGGUGCUAACGUGCGGUUCAGUACAAUUGACUCUGAUACCGCGAAAGACGUCCUUUCCAGGCUCGACCAAUUCAAGAAACAACAGAUGCUUCUCACGAGCCUCAAGACGAAUGAACUAUCUCGCAAGAAGGGCCCGCCUGUGGUUUCUUUCCAAACACGUGUCUCUGAUGUAUCAGACUCAGUCCAGGAUCGAGGCAGCAGUAGCCAACAGGCGGUAGUCACAGAGACAGAUUCUGUCGGAGAGGGCAAUGGAAGCACUGAACUUAGCCACGAUGAGCCUGGUGUCUCGAGGUCAGUACCGGUAGGCGCGUGUCAGCUCCAAGAGCCCUCGGGUCUGAUGGUUCAGGACCAGGCACAGAAGCAGAGCGAGAUAGUGGCUGACGGUCUUGUUGAGGUCAGCGACGAAAGUGACAAGCACAGCCCAACCAGCUCCACCCCGGAGAUCAGUCCUACUGUAGGACCUAGCGAUGCGCCACAGAGUCUCCAGCAGCAGCAGCAGCAGCGGAUGCCACGCCGCUCGAGGCGAAAGCGAGAGAAGAUUGUGGUCAUGAGAGCACCGUCGCGAGAGUUGCAUCGAAUCUCGUUGCGCCCCGUCCAGCGGCCUGACCUUCCAAUGAGCAGAUGCUUCUUGAUCCAAAUGCCCAUGGAGAUCCAACAGAAGAUUUUUCGAUAUUUGCUGCUUGCCGAGGACCCAAUCCAGGUCUUUCAAGGCUGGUCCAAGCUAUACCAUCGCCAGCGUUCCAAUCUGGAUCCGGCGAUUUUGUCGACUUGCCGGGCGUUAUUCGAGAACGGUUCGGCUGUUCUGUAUGGAGCAAAUACGUUUCAGUACAAGCUGCGGGAUCCGGCCCGCUCAGGGACUUUUCAAGAUGUCGGGCAGACCAUCACUGUUGAGAAAUACAUUCCUUAUUUCCGUAAGCUGGAGCUGAAAAUUGAGAGGUCUCGGACAGAACUCACCUACUGCACCGCGCUGGCUGCAGCCAUCCGCGCCUUGACUGAGCAUGGCGCUGACCUCCGUGAGCUGGUGCUCGACACGUCGCCUUCCGUGGAGGGUAACACGUUGUCCACGGUUGGCUACUUUUACAGGCAAGGAGAGGUCAUUGAGGCUCUCAAGGCCCUCAGAACAUGUUUCAUAGAAGUGCGAGUCUUUACGCCCAAGACUUCUUCGGCUGCUGCCAAGAGUCUCCGCUGCAUCAUCGACAAGCGCACUGAGGCCAGCACAUCCAGACCAGACUCCCAACAGGCUGCGACUCAGCCAGCUGGAAAAGAGCUCGACAAACUUAGCGAAAUGAUUUCGUACGCGUGCGAGAAUCCUUCAAAGGCGGUCGCACGAGGUUGGUUCGAUGAAUUUGAGGCAUCGGCUGAGCGGUGGAACGAGCACCUUCGCUGCCAGGGAAAGAUCGCGGAUAGUGGCGAGGAUGGUGACCAGAGUAGUGCCGACGACGAAGACCUGAGCAAUGACGACAAUGACGACACCAGUGACUUUGAGGGUUGA